GCACUUUGAAUCCUGCUGCUACCGGAUCAAAGGCAGCGACAGUUGUUGAACCUGUUUAUUGGUUGCCAGGCAAAAGAGGCCCCGCCCAGCGUUCAACAUUUAUAUGCAGUGACAGAGUAAAGAGUAGCAACAGCAGACGUAGAGCAGAAGGAGCAAAGGGAGCGGUACAUGUUGGGACCUAUUCUGGAUCUGAUGGAGUCUCUGCUCAGGUUUCCCUUCUGGACCUCCACCUUCUGCCUCUACCUGUCCUGGACUCAGGUUCAAGGGAGAAGAUGAUCCUGCUGCUCAUCAUCAUCAACUCAUGUCUCUGUGCAGCAACAUUUGUAGUGAAUGUGACACAGAGCUCCUAUCAGGCAGAGGAGAACCACAACAUCACUCUGGAGUGGACCUUCACCACCAGACCCAACAGAACCAGGACCAUCUACUGCUGCGUGUUGACUCUUCCCAGAGAAAUAGUCCUCUAUUCAGUCUAUGAAGAUAUUAAAGAGACAGAGUUUACUGAUGAACACUUUAAAGGACGAGUCCAGAUGGACAAAGACGUCCUCAGAGAAGGACGGAUCAGAUUCCAUCUGUCCAGACUGAGGACUGAAGAUUCUGGACUGUAUGUGUGUAACAUCAGGACUGACUAUGGGUGGGGUUCUGCAGACUGCAACAUCACAGUCAGUGAGACAGUUCCUCAGAGAACCAGUCCAACCCCAGAGGUAGAGACCAUUAGAACCGGUCGGCGCUCCAGGCUGCUACUCUGUUUACUUUCUGCUGUUAUCUUCUUCUUCUUCUUGGUUGGUUUCCUGUGUUACUUUAGAAAGUUCCCUAAAAACAGCAAGUUCUGUCCUCUGCAGCAGAUCUGUGUUCAUGCAGACAGGAACUCUGCAGAGAGGGAUUCAAACCAGCAGCCUAACCCUCCUGGACAAUAUCUGGAUCUUCCUCUGACUGCAUUUAGAUGCUGCAGGAACCUCCUGGACCUUCAGAACAGAGCUCGAUGAAACCUCAUCAUCAUGGAGAUGACAGAUUUUAGAAGAAACUAGAAAUUAACAGAAAACUCGGAGGUCAAGUCUGAUUUCUUCUUCAUGCCUCAUGGAUUCUGCUUGGAGCACAAACUCUUGGAGAACUUUAAAAGCUGAAGCACCUGUUCUGAAUGGACUGAACAUUUAUCAGCCACUGUGAUAAAACAAGAUAUUCUGACAACAUUAAGGUGCCUUGAAGAUUUACAGAAGCAGGUUUGUGGAUCGGAGUAUAUUGCUCUCCGAGGCGGAGCAUCUAUGUGUCAUUAUUACCAUGCAGUACAUGCUCAUUUUCCGCUGCUGCUCCCGUUUCACUGUCCAGUCUAGACCCGGAAGUAUAAACAAUAAACACAACAGG